CGCAGUGACGUCAUUGCGACGCGCGAAUUCUCUGUCUUCAAAGUCUUCUGAAUCCACGUCGCAUAAAUAUAAAUAAUCAAGAAUCGAAUUGGGGGAUUUCUGUCCCGUAAGCAAAAUUAGACGCCGGCUAAUGGGAAAUGUCCUCUCGGGCAGCCGUCAUGGAUACCAGCGCCUUCGACGCCGAUAAUUCGGUCAGCUGCCGGCUGGCCUCCGUCAUCCCCGACAUCUGCAAGACGGAAGACUGCUGCCUGGGCAUCGACGAAGCGGGCAGGGGACCGGUGCUGGGUCCAAUGGUUUAUGGAAUAUGCUUUUGUCCCAUUUCCAAAAAGGAGGAUCUUAAGAGCUUGAACGUGGCAGAUUCAAAAACUCUAUCGGAGGCAGAAAGAGAGAAUCUGUUCCAACAAUUGGACGAUGCCAAAAGUUUCGUGGGCUGGGCCUUGCAUAUUCUGUCGCCCAACACAAUCUCCACCAGUAUGUUACAGAGGACAAAAUGCAACCUGAACACGCUGUCACAUGACACAGCCAUUGGUUUAAUUCAGUUUGCACUGGCCGGCGGCGUACAGCUCAAAGAGGUGUUUGUGGACACGGUGGGCCCUGCCGAGAAGUACGAGGAGAAGCUCUCCAAGCUGUUCCCGGGCAUCGACGUCACAGUCAGGCCAAAAGCCGACUCCCUCUUCCCCGUCGUCAGCGCGGCAAGUAUCUGUGCAAAGGUGGCCCGAGACCACGUUGUGAAAAACUGGAACUUUUCCGAGGACCUGGGAGACGUGGAUACCGAAUACGGAUCAGGAUACCCGAACGACCCGAAGACCAAAGCGUGGCUCUUGAAGUACUUGGACCCGGUGUUUGGCUACCCCCAGUUUGUGCGCUUUAGCUGGAGUACGGCCCAAACCUUGAUCGACGGCAAGGCUGUGACCGUCCACUGGGACGAUGACGAGGAGGACGGCGAAAAGGCGGCGCAGCGGCUGGCCAACAGGUCCGUGCUGUCCUACUUCGGCUCGCCAGGCGGCGCCUCCGACAAAACGCGGCAGGCGCAUCGCUUCUUCGCCGAGCGGAGGCUGAAGAGUGUGGACGCGCUCUGAGCGCUGGCGUGCGCCUACUGUGAGUUGCUUGUACGAACACACAAGCAGCAGUGCAAGGAAUAUCUUUUUUUCAUUUUCUACGUCCCCGUUUUACUCAUAAAGUGUUAUUUUAUAAAAUGGA